UUCCUACUUGUGACAAUGGCCGUGACGAUGGCUUUCCCGGGGAGGCAGACGAGCCGGCGCGUGUGCCGCAGCAUCACUCAGUGCCAAGGUCAUCUUUGCCGCUCGUCACACUCAGUGCCAACGGAGGGCUUCCCAGGGGCGGGAUGCCCCGCUUGGCUGUUUAUAAGGCGAGGCCCCAGCAUCACCGCCAGCACUGUCCUCACUGACGGAGUCAACAUGAACACCUCAACACUCCUCAGCCGUCCCUUCCUGCUGGUGGUGGUUCUGGCGGUGUCCUGGGCCGCGGCUGUCCCUCUGCAGGACACGGGUCUCCUGCAGAACAUCCACUCGGAGACGCAGCUGCAGGAGUUUCUGGAGAACAAUCCUUCUGUGGCACUCCAGAUGUACCCUGACCUCCUCCGGGAAGCCUCAGAGGUGAUGGUGGUCGUCGAUCCGGACGUGGUGGUGGAGAUGCUGAGGCGGAGGAGCCUGGAGGCGGCGGACAUGGAGGAGCAGCAACAGCAGGAGGAGGAGGAGGAGGAGGAGGAGCCACAGAAGGGAUCGGUGGAAGAGGAGGAGGAGGAGGAGCACGACCGCAGGAAGAGACAGGCCACAUUCGACUUUGGAAUGAAUCGAGGAGCCUACGGCAGGAACUACCAUGCCAGUGCGGGCUACAACCGUCGCUUCAACAACGGCAGGACCUCCGUCGGUGUCAACGCCCACAGGAACUGGGGCUCCAGCGGCAAGUCCCACGGGUUCGGAAUCAGCUUCUCGCACAGGUUCCGCCGCUAGAGGGCGUCGCAAACACCGGCCGGCACCACUGCCGAAGUGACACCUUGUCGUACACCAAGUGGGCCGCUCUGCUGCCACGCUCAUCAACUCCUACGAGACAUAAUGCUGUUCAUUAGAUGAAUGGACUGUUUAUUAUGCUACUUCCUCUUGUAAUUACCAAUAACAUAAAUUUAUUUUUGGAUAAA